ACAUUCUGUUAGUAUAGAGGCAAAGUUGUACUUCAUCUAAAAAAAAUCCAUCUCUUAUCUACCUUUAUGUAAUAAAGAACUAGCUGUAUGCAUCGUCAAAAGGCCGGAACAGUUUCUAUUUUCUAAAAAAAAAAAUCUAUCAUUAGGUGCAUACAUGUAUGCAUACCUGCUAGUACCUUUUCACUGUUCUCCUCUCUUUUCUUACCGAGUUUCCCUCCAUAUAACAAGAUGCCAUGGCCAAUCCACCAAAGCUACACAACACUCCCUCGAGCUACUCGCUACUAGCACGUCGUCAAGUCCCAUACCAAUACCCAAGUAGAGCAAGGUCUCGCCAGAAUCUGAGCUCGUAGCUCCAUUGCCACAUCAAUGGAGUUCCUGUCGCAGAUGUGGUCUCUCCUGGGCCUCCUCACCAUCCUGCAGAACGUCCUCCCCACGCAGCUCCUCUCCCUCCUCCACUCGCUCUGGCAGUCGCUCCAGGACUCGCUCACGCCUUACUCCUACUUCGACGUCCCCGAGUUCCUAGGCUCCGCCGCCGUCGAGCCCAACGCGCUCUACCGCCAUGUCCAGCUCUACCUCCACCGCUCCCUCCUCCUCUCCUCCCCUCCGCCUCCCCGCCUCACGCUAUCGCUGCCGCGCUCCGCCGCUGCCGUCUCCGGAGGGGACGCCGCGUCGGCCGCUGCCGCGCCGCCGUCCGUGUCGCUCUCGCCGAACCACUCCGUCGCGGACACCUUCAACGGCCACCGCGCCGUGUGGACGCAGCACGCCGACACGCUCCAGGACUCGCUCGAGGAGCGCCGGUUCUUCUCGCUGCGCCUCCCGAAGCGGCACGCCGCGGCGGUGCUCCCGGCGUACCUCUCGCACCUCGCCGCCGCGGCGGACCAUCUGGAGCGCUCGUCGCGAGCGCGGAGGCUGCACACGAACGCGGCAUCCCUGCGUGGCGCCGCGGCGUGGGCGUCGGUGCCGUUCUGCCACCCGGCCACCUUCGACACGCUCGCGCUCGAUCCGGGCCUCAAAGCGCGCCUCCUCGCCGAUCUCUCGGCGUUCGCCGAAGGGAGGGAGUUCUACCGCCGGACUGGGAGGGCCUGGAAGCGCGGGUACCUCCUGCACGGCCCACCCGGAUCGGGCAAGUCUUCGCUGAUCGCCGCCAUGGCUAACCACCUCCGGUACGACGUGUUCGACCUCGAGCUCACCCGCGUCGCCACCAACGCCGACCUCCGCGCGCUCCUCAUCCAGACCACCAACCGCUCGCUCAUUGUCAUCGAGGACAUCGACUGCUCCCUCCACCUAACCGGUGACCGUGGCCUAGCUUCUGAGAGGCUUCACAAAAGACGCAAGCUCCACGCCACCGCGUACGACGACGACUCAUCUGACUCGAACGAUGACGCCGGCGGCAACGGCGCCGACAACCAUCGGGGCAAGGUGACCCUGUCCGGGCUCCUCAACUUCACCGACGGCCUGUGGUCGUGCUGCGGCGAGGAGCGCGUCAUCGUGUUCACGACAAACCACGUGGACGGCAUUGACCCCGCCCUGCUGCGCCCCGGGCGGAUGGACGUGCACGUCCGCCUCGACGCGUGCGGCGAGCACGCCAUGCGGGAGCUGGUGCAACGGUACGUAGGCGUCGGCGAACACGCGAUGCUCGACGCGGCGGAGGACUGCAUAAGGAGCGGUGCGGAGAUGACGCCGGCCGAGGUCGGAGAAGUGCUGCUGAGGAACAGAGACGAGCCGGUGGCGGCGGUUACGGAACUCACCGCCGAGCUCAAGGCGAGGAGACGGGCGGCUGACGAUCUCCACCAGUGGGAGGACUCGGCGGCGGAGCUCUCCGACGGGUCGCCGACGAAGAAAGGGAGGAAGGGGUUGGGGUGGGAGGGCAAGGUCAGGAUCUUGGGGAGACUGAGGAGUCUCACCAAGUCGGAGUCCGGCCGGCGAUGAGCGUAGUUUGACCGUGUUUGACUUGGUGUUUUAGGUCAGCUCUUGCCUCUUGGUCGGAUUAAUUAGAACCUCGUGUUUGGAUUUGCUGUGUUCCUUGUAAUCUUCCUCCGUAAUUUUCUGCAAACCAAGAAGCCUUUGGUUUCUAACUAAGCUCAUGCCACGUCAUCCUGUUUGGAUGCUUAAAUACUGCCGAUAAAUUGA